AUAACGGCCCCGGCGCGUGCAGGGGAGAAGCGGGUUUGUUUUUGAAUCUGCGGAGGCGGCGGAGUGGAGCGCACGGCUGAGGCGGCCGCGUCCGGGACGGCUGCGCGGGACGGCUGUGUAGGAAGGAACUCGGGUGGGUCCCUGCCCGUCAACCCCCGCCCCCGAAGAUUCAAAAUGGAUAGUAUAGAAGAACCUCAGAAAAAAGUCUUCAAGGCUCGGAAGACAAUGAGAGUGAGUGACCGGCAGCAGCUCGAAGCCGUGUACAAAGUGAAGGAGGAGCUGCUAAAAACAGACGUGAAGCUCCUGAAUGGGAACCAUGGGAACGGAGAUUUGGAGCCCACGUCACCUUUGGAAAAUAGAGAUUGUCUUCAAGAGACAGAAGUGAAUGGCAUUGAGGGGAUUUGUUUUGAGUCUGAAGAAAGUAAAACAGAGUUGAAAGAGACACCUUGUGUCCCCAGUGCUAGUGUAAAAAAUAAGCAAGAAGAGGAUUCAAACAGUGGCUCUUUGUCUCCUAGUGUAACUUCUGAGCUUGUGUCUAAACCAGCCACUGAGCCAGCCUCUGGCACCCCAGCCUCUAGUACCCCAGCCUCCGGCACCCCAACUUCUGGCACCCCAGCCUCUGGUACCCCAGCUUCUGGCACCCCAGCCUCUGGUGAUCUGACCACAGGAGAGCUGGCUGUUGAAGUACCAGCCACUGGUGACUCUCCCUGUGAGGAGUCCCCCUCUAGUGAUCCCUCCUCCCAUGAUCCCACCCAUAGUGAUCCCACCUCUGCAGAUACUGCUUCUGAAGAACCUGCCUCUGGUGACCUUGCCUCUGAACCACUGUCUGGUGAACCAAUGUCUGAUGAAGCAGUUUCAAGUGAACCACUGUCCGAAGAACUUUUGUCUGGUGAAGCAGUUUCAGGUGAAAUGGUUUCAGAUGAACCAGGUGUUGGUGCAGUGGCAUCUUCUGAACUGGCCUCUGGGGAACCCUCUUCUGAUGAUUGUGGCCCCUCUGGGGAUUUGCCUUCUGAUGCCCUGCCUUCUAGUGAUGAGUCCUCUGGUGGUCCUGCCUGUAGCAGACUGGCUUGUGGUGAGCUGGCUCCUGGUGAGCUGACUGUGGAAUCAGCCACUGAUACUUUUAAACCAAGUUCAGUGCCAGUUUGUGAACCAAGUCCUGAAACUGACAAGUCAGAGCAGAGUAGCAAUAACAAUGAUGACUGUUCGGAAAAAAAUGCAGAUGAUGAAAACUUAGACCAAAUUCAAAGUAAAGACUCAUGUGAUGAGGGAGAGAAAGUGAACAGUAAUGUUGGUGAGAAGGAAGAAAGUCCAGACACACACAGUGCAAUUAUUUGUUCUGACCUACCUCCAGAAAAUAGGAAGAAGGCAGAGGAAGAGCCCGUUGCUGAGCUUGCUCUUAGAGAAGAGGCCAUCUCCAGCAGUAUGGAAGUUGACCAAAGUGAAAAGGAUGGGCAUCAGAGUCCUACAGAACUUGUAGAAGCUGUCAUUGACAAAGCCACAGAAGAUAAGGAGACUGUCUUAGACAACACAGACUCCAUGGAAACAGAUGAGAUCAUUCCUAUUCUGGAAAAACUUGCACCCGCAGAAGAGGAGGAACUCACGUGCUUUUCAAAGACUUCCCUCCUUCCGGUUGAGACAAGUCAAGAUUUGGAAGAGAAAAUGGAGGGUUCUUUUGGCUCUCCAUCAAAACAAGAAAGUAGUGAGAAUUUGCCAAAAGAAGCCUUUUUGGUCCUCUCUGAUGAAGAGGAUAUUUCAUGUGGAAAAGAUGAGUCUGAAGUUAUAUCACAAGAGAAGACACGUUCUCCAGAAGUAGGAAGGACUGAAAAGGACGGCAGAGCUGAGGAGGAGGAGGAAGAGGAGCGAGAGACAGGCGAGGGGCAGCCACCUGUGAGAAAUGAAUUUUCCAGACGGAAACGCUCUAAAUCAGAAGACAUGGACAAUGUGCAGUCCAAACGUCGGCGCUAUGUAGAGGAGGAGUACGAGGCAGAGUUUCAAGUAAAGAUUACAGCCAAAGGAGACAUUAACCGGAAGCUGCAGAAGGUCAUACAGUGGUUACUAGAAGAAAAGUUGUGUGCUCUACAGUGUGCUGUGUUUGAUAAGUCUUUGGCAGAAUUGAAAACACGAGUGGAAAAGAUAGAGUGCAACAAAAGACAUAAAGCAGUGCUCACUGAACUUCAGGCCAAAAUAGCCAGAUUAACCAAACGUUUUGGAGCAGCCAAAGACGAUCUUAAGAAAAGACAAGAAAGCCCCCCAAACCCACCUAUAUCACCAGGAAAGCCUGCCAGUGAUAUCAGCAGCAAUAACAAUGUGACCUACAGAAAUGCAGGCACAGUACGGCAGAUGCUGGAGUCCAAAAGAAAUGUUAGCGAGGGUCCAGCACCAUCCUUUCAAACUCCUGUGAAUACAGUGUCUUCAGCCAGCCUUGCCACUCCUCCAGCAAUGGUCAGUAGUCAGCCUAAACUGCAGCCUUCAGCAAGCUCAGGUUCCCUGCCGGCAGCAUCUCUUCUUCCCGCUCCCAGCACAGCCACAGUAGUUGCCACUACUCAGGUGCCUAGUGGAAACCCUCAGCCUACAAUCUCCCUGCAGCCCUUGCCAGUGAUUCUGCACGUCCCCGUUGCCGUGACCUCUCAGCCUCAGCUCCUACAAAGCCAUCCAGGGACUAUCGUGACGAAUCAGCCGUCUGGCAGCGUUGAAUUCAUAUCUGUGCAAAGCCCACCGACAGUGAGUGGGCUUACCAAAAAUCCAGUGUCCUUGCCACCCUUGCCAAACCCCACUAAACCAAACAUUCCGUCAGUGCCCAGUCCUAGUAUUCAGAGGAACUCUUCUGCCACUGCUGCGCCCUUGGGGACAACGCUGGCUGUACAGGCCGUCCCAACUGCGCAUUCUAUUGUGCAGGCCACAAGGACUUCUUUACCCACAGUAGGCCCGUCAGGACUGUAUAGCUCAUCAAACAAUCGCGGCCCAAUACAGAUGAAAAUCCCAAUAUCUGCUUUUAGCACUUCAUCUUCUGCAGAACAAAAUAGCUCUGCCACCCCAAGAACUGAAAACCAGACAAACAAAACGGUAGAUUCUUCUGUUAGUAAGAAAGUGGCAGAUAGCACAUCACAGAGUGGGAAAGCUUCUGGCAAUGAUUCAAGCGGUGUCAUUGACCUCACGAUGGACGAUGAAGAGAGUGGAACUUCACAAGCAGAUCCCAAAAAGCUAAGUCAUCCUUCUGCACCGACUAUGAGCACUUCUCAGCCCAUGUCUCGACCAUUGCAGCCCAUUCAGCCGGCACCGCCUGCUCAGCCAUCUGGGGUGCCGACGAGUGGACCAUCUCAAACAACUAUCCACUUACUGCCCACAGCUCCAACCACCGUGAAUGUAACCCAUCGUCCAGUAACUCAGGUGACCACAAGACUCCCUAUACCAAGAGCUCCUGCAAACCACCAGGUGGUUUACACAACUGUCCCAGCACCACCAGCUCAGGCUCCGCUACGAGGGACUGUGAUGCAGGCUCCUGCUGUCCGCCAAGUCAACCCUCAAAACAGUGUUACAGUUCGAGUGCCUCAGACAACCACGUACGUUGUAAACAACGGACUGACCCUGGGAUCCGCAGGGCCUCAGCUCACGGUGCAUCACCGGCCGCCACAAGUGCAUACUGUAAAUGAGCCCCCACGCCCUAUGCAUCCAGCACCUUUACCGGAAGCCCCACAGCCACAGCGGCUGCCCCCGGAAGCUGCCAACACUUCUCUGCCUCAGAAACCACACUUGAAGUUAGCGCGAGUGCAGAGUCAGAACGGCAUUGUGCUGUCCUGGAGUGUCCUGGAAGUGGAUCGAAGCUGCGCCAGUGUGGACAGUUACCAUCUCUAUGCUUACCACGAGGAGCCCAGUGCCACGGUGCCCUCUCAGUGGAAGAAGAUUGGCGAGGUCAAAGCCCUCCCCUUACCAAUGGCUUGCACGCUCACUCAGUUUGUGUCUGGCAGCAAGUACUACUUCGCGGUGCGCGCCAAGGACAUUUAUGGCCGUUUUGGGCCUUUCUGUGACCCUCAGUCCACGGACGUGAUCUCUUCCUCCCAGAACAGUUAGACCUUGGAGCCUUUAGCUUCCUCUUUUCAAAGUUCCACAUUUUGGGCUUGUUUUUAAUCUUGUGCAUGAAAUUCAAUGUAAAAUCCACCUUGUACAAGAUCUCUUGGACAGAUGAGUGUACACACUACGUUUGUUUAUAACUGAAGUAUAAUAAAUUCAGCCCGUAAAGCAAGUCUUCCCCUGAACAAGUCAAGCUUCAGGGUUUUGAAAUGUAAAUUGAUCCUUGCUUUAGUUUUGAGGCUGGGGAAUACGUAUGGGUUUUGUGUGUCUUCUUUCUUUUUCUGUUGGGUUUCUAGUUGUGUGUUGUCACAGUGCAGUCUCCCAUCCUUACGCAGGCUUACCUCUCUUCCAGUAGCAAGUGCGUGGAGGAAAGAGCCUGAGGUGCAUGCUGCUGCAGCUCCGCCUUCAGGGGGAUCUAGAAGAUCAGAGAAUCUAAACAAAACCCAAAGAAUAAAAAAGAAAAACAUUUAGCUUGGAGUAGAUGAACUUGAACAGAUGGCAUGUUCUCUCCAUCUUUUCUGUGAUUUCUUCUGAGUUGCUGAUGAGGUGAAAAAUGUCCCUGCGCCCUGAGUCCGUCAUCUGACUUCUUUCUGCAUUUGUGCUGUGCCUUCCAAGCUGCAGAGAUACACAGAACGUUUGCCCAUUGUUGGUUACUCCUCUUUAACUUUCAUUUAUCCCUCAUUGCCACCAAGAAUACCAAACCCUUUAUGCAUUUUUAAAACCAAGGUGUGUAAGGGUGUGUCUUCUCCUCAUCUUCUGUAACAUCACUAUAUUCAACCCCCCAAAAAUUUUAAGGACAUACUUCUAUUUUUCCCCAUUAUUUAACUCUUUAUAAAAUAAGCCAUAUUGUUUAAGAAAAAUUCUCAUUAAACUUGCUUUAAUAUCCAUGUUGGAUUGUUAGAGAACCUGAAGGAAGUUCUGGCUCAUCCCAUCACUUGUGGGAGAAUGUCCUUUCUAAGGCAGUAAAUGGCUCUGUUCAUAAAAGUGCGGGGCGCUCAGAGUCUCCUCCUGUGAGGCCUUCCUGCUUUAGUCUUCAUUUGGUUUUGCUGGUGCCAAGUGGCACCUGACUUCAUCAACCUUGGAUAGAAUUGAGAAGCAUAUCCUUUUGGGUCAUUUCACAUAGCUCUUAGAUCUGCAGAGUUAAUGGCGCAGGCUCACCCUUGCGCCUUCACAGACUGGUAGCUGCUGGACAGUCAGCCGGGUGCUUUAGAGCCGAACAGGAGGGUGAGGUUAAGCUUAGGGAUGAGGGAGGCAUUGUGCAGUUCUUGAAGUCACUUUCAAGCUGUUGUAACAGUUUAAACCCUAUUUCUGCCUUCUCAAAAUACAUGAGCUGUUCAUUUUUCCUGGCGUUAAAAGCAGGGAGCCUCAUCCCCUUUGUGUAUUCCCUUAGCUUUUAUAGCAGGUAUCAUUGAGUUGUGAAGAAAUUGUCUUUGGUGAGGUCUCACUAGCCUUGUUCUGUCGUCUUUAGUGUAAAUUUUGGUUGAUGAAGGAAGCCUGCAGUUGCCAAAAUGUAAAUGCUCCUAACCUUCCACUCUGAGAAAAAGGAGACCACGGGAGAGUCUGUUUUCCACAAGUUAAAUUUGGUGAGCAGUCGUAUAGCAAGUACUCCUUAGAUCCAUGAUCAUGCUAAAGUGUUGCCCAUGUUAUAGUAAUGAGAAUUUGGAAUGGAAGGAAUUGUCUUCUAGCUGUGUGUGAGUGCCUCUCUCUACUGGCGUGUUUGUAUCUUCACUUUUUGUGGGAGACACAGGCUUGGUACUCUGUUCAACAUCAUUCCUAUCUAUCUAGUAGAAAAACACAUUCAAAAUCUUUUUUUUUUUUGGUGCUCUGCCCAGUAGCCAGCAAGUUUUCCGGAUGGAUACUUUCAUUUAUAUUUCAUUUAUAUUCACUAAUCAUUUUAUAUUUUCUAGUUUUUUUUUUAAAGUUUUCAUAGUGUUAUAUAAUCAGGGGAAGAAAGCCCAGCGGUACUACUAUAUUUCAUUCUUUUGGUUUCUACUGGGGGUAUUUUUGUCAAAGAAAAAAAAAAAAAAAACCUCAAAUAAUGGCUGUAGAUGUAGAUUUACUGCAGAGAGUAAUUACUGGGAACUGUUUAUUCCAGAUUGGAAAGAAGGUGUUAAGAGAGAGACUAGUUGUUGAAGGGAAAUGCAUUUGUGGAUACAGUCUACUCAGAUAACCUGCCAUGAGGCUUUGAGCAGCAGCCAUGUUGGUUUUCCUGGGAUACCCUAGGCUUUUUUCAUGGGGCAAAUGUAAGUGCUGAUGGGCACUUUGUGAGGGUGUCUCUGGGGGAGAGCACAGGGUUGGAGAAGUAGCUGCAGGCUCCAGCCAUCAGAAUAUUUGAUAGCAGUUCACAUUCCAUGACUCUCUUUGACUCCCUGGUAUCUCUCAAAGUAUUACAACUAUGCUCAGUUGUCCCAUUUUGGGAAUUGAAGUUUGCUACAUUUUUAGCCUGCCAGCACUGGUAAGUAUUGUAUCGUCUUACCAGGAACCCUGGAAACUUGAGAACUUUCAGCACGAAGUGUCAGAUGUUUAUAGGAUGAGGAAUGGUGACAGCAAUGUUUGUCACCCUCUACUUUGCACUUUGUCAGAGUGCUUCUCACCAUUUUAAGUGUGAGUAUGCCUCUUUGAUUCAUGUUCUUGCUAAUGGCAUACAAAGACAGCAUCUGCUGUGACAGUUACCCCUCUGUGUCUCUGGGCUCGGUGUUUAAACUCUGCAGAAUGCUUAGUGCUGUGUGAUGCGGUUUCACUUUAUGAAAGAAGCAAGAGCUUCCUUGGAAAUACUUGUUGGGAUACCAUUUACCUCACAGAGAGGUGUCCUCCCCAAAUCUCCACCCAUGUGCCAUGCCAGAUGAGGGAUUCCUUUAAAAACACAAAUCUUGGCAAUUUCAGGUGCAUCUCCGUGGAGCUUUCUUUACACACUGGACGGUGUUCUUGUUGCUUGCUCCAUUGCUUUGAAUGUCCUCUAAAUUUUCACUUAGUGUCACUGCUGCCUGGCAGGCAUUUCAUUUCCUGUGGCUUUCACAGUAGGGCAUGUGAUUUAAAACGCUGUGUUUGGCAUCCGCUCACUUUCAGCUGCUGAGAUCUCACCCGUAGGUACCACAAAGAAAGCCCUCCAGACGUUCUUCCUGACUCCACCUAGGCCAGUUCAGCAUUUCAGCAUCCGCAGUACCAUGUUUUUCUUCCUGCUUCCCUGUGAUUGGGUUACCUGUUUGAUUCUCAUGGAAAUACACAUGUCCUUGGGCAUAGAUAAUAACUGUAGUCAUGUGUGAUUCUGCCUUCCUUCAUUAUUUUUUGUGCUAAUGGCUUUAAAGAAAUAUCCGAGGGGCAUACACACAAAGAUUAGAGCAGUGUAACAAAUAAAUGAAUGAAUAAAUAAACAAAUGACCCAAGCUGAAGAUCAGAAAAGCAAAGCAGCUGACCUCUAGCUCUCACCUCUAGCUCAGGCUGAAAGGGCUGAUCCAUGCCACAAGCUCUUCACCAAGUCUCAGACUGCUGCCUCUCCUCAGUGUGGCUGGAGAACAGAUGCCUGUCUGAGACCUCGCUUCUGUCUUAUGUACUUCCCUAAUGUUAGGAUGAAAGGUGUGAGCUAUAAUUCUCUUUUAGACUGAUUCAGUCUUGUGUAGAUCUGGGUGGCCUUGAACUCACAGAGAUCCAUCUGUCUUUCAAUCCUGAGUCCUAGGAGUAAAGGUGAGUACCACCACCUCCCAGCUUCUGGCUGCUGGAAUUAAAGGUGUGUGCCUGGCUUCUAUGGCCUGUGGCUGACUUUGCUUUCUGAAUCCUCAGGCAAGCUUUAAUAAAUCAUAAAUAAUAUGUCACUACUGAGCAGUAACAUGAAGGGCCUGUCAGUGUAGGAGACUCAAUACUUAAAACUCAUCCCCUUGAGGCAGCUGAAAAGGAGGAGCUGAAGACACUGCUCUCAUCUUCAAAGGAUCUUAUCAUGUUUGAGCUUUUGUUUUUGUGUUUUAUAUGUAGAGACAGCUGAGUACCUAUCAUUUAAAUAUUUAAAUGACUUUUUUUUCUUUUGUAAAUAAGGGAACUAAGCAAUCACUUUCUGGGGUUAUCAACCAUUUCAAACAUAAAUGUAAAAAUAAACCCCCUUGUAGAAAAACUUGCAUCCUGAUUUUUGUUGAUUGCAGUUGGAAGUGUAAAUAAUAAUAAGAUGAUGUAAGACCUUCCUAAGGUCUAAUAUUAACCGGGCUGUAGCAAGUUGCCCUAUUUUUUAUUAGGUUUUGAGAGUUUUUUUCCUUUCCUAAAUGUACAGUAGAGUGCCGUCUGUGUAAGUGUUAACUGUAGUGGGGAUUUGUCCAGCAAGCCUGAAAUUUAUACUUUGAAAUAAAUGACUGGGUUUUUAA